UUUACAAUUUGUAGCUAGCCCUAAAUGGAGUUCAAUACAUCCUCCAUCAUCCUUCUUAUUUCCACCUUGAUGUUCGUGUUCGUGUUCAUGUUCGUGCUAUUCAGAUCAAGCAAGUCAAACACAAAUCUCCCUCCGGGCCCCCGCAAGUUGCCUAUGAUAGGCAACUUGCAUCUCCUCGCGGGCUCCACCCCGCCCCACCAAACCCUCGCACACCUAGCCACCAAACACGGCCCCUUGAUGCACCUAAAACUCGGCCAAGUCGACGCCGUCGUGGUCUCCUCUCCAGAAACCGCCAAGCAAAUCUUCAAAACAAACGACGUCGCAUUCGCCUCCCGCCCCUCCCUCCUCGCCACGGAGAUCAACUGCUACGGCAACACCGACAUCGCCUUCUCCCCCUACGGCGACUACUGGCGCCAGCUCCGGAAAAUCUGCAAGCUCCGCCUCCUCACGGCGCGGCGCGUGCAGUCGUUCCGGCCAAUUAGAGAGGCGGAAGUCUCAGAUCUCUGCAAAUUGAUUGCUCUUCGCGAAAAUUCAACGAUCAGUCUGACAAAAAUGGUCAGAACCACGAAUCUUAAUGUGAUGAUCAUGGCGGCGUUUGGGGGAAAGAGGGGAGAAGUGGCGGAAUUGAGAGAUAUGAUUGAAGAAGCUCACGAUUUUUUCACUUUCUUCAGCAUUGUUGAUGUGUUUCCUUCCUUGAAAUUCCUGCGGUUGUUCAGCGGAAUGAAGAGGAAGAUCGAGGAGCAUCACCGCCGGCUGGACAGGAUAACGGGGAGUAUUAUUGAGGAUAGACGGCGGCGAGAGCGAGAUGGCGGCGGCGGUGAUGAAGGUGAUUUCCUUGGUGUUCUGCUAAAUUUACAAGGUGAUGGAUCGCUUGAGAUUCCGUUAACAACUGACAACAUCAAAGCUGUUUUGCUGGAUGGUGCUGGGAUUGAGUCAUCAACCACAACUGUGGAAUGGGCAUUGGCAGAAAUGCUCAAGAACCCAAGGGUUCUGAACAAGGCACAAGACGAGGUAAGAGGCGUUUUCGAUGGCCAAAACUAUGUAGACGAAAGCCGCUUUGAUGAGCUAAACUACCUCAAAUUAAUCAUCAAAGAAACUCUCCGUUUGCACACGUCCGGGCCUCUCCUGCUCCCGAGGCAAAGCAGAGAGACCUGCGUGAUUGGAAAAUACCAAAUUCCGGCCAAAACAUGGGUUCUGGUGAACGCGUGGGCCAUUGGAAGAGACCCCGAGCAUUGGGAGGAUGCAGAAGCCUUUAAGCCAGAAAGGUUUCUUGAAAAAAGUGUUGAUUUCAAUGGGAGCGCGUUGGAGUACAUCCCUUUUGGCGCGGGCAGAAGGAUUUGCCCGGGAGUCGGGUUUGGGAUCGCGAACGUGGAACUAGAAUUAGCGAUGCUACUGUACCAUUUCGAUUGGAUUCUGCCUCAUGGAAAGGAGCCACAAGAAUUGGAUAUGAUGGAGAGCUCAGGGCUUUCAGGUCGGAGGAAAUUCAGUCUUAAUGUGAUUCCUGUUAUUAGGAGGCCUUUGCACUUGACAUGAUCGACAAAGCUCGUGCAUCAGUCGAGCAAAAUUACAAGUUCUAUUUCGGGUUUUCUUUAUCGAUUGUUUUUCUAUAUUAAGAGAGUCGAAUCAUGAUUAAAUAAGUAUAGUAUGAGAUAAAUCAAAACCAUCUCUAAUAAAA